AUGGCAAAACCUAUAUUAAGAAUUGGUUCACGUAAAAAUACCCGUAGUGGUUCACGUAAAAAUGUACGUAGAAUACCAAAGGGAGUUAUUCAUGUUCAAGCAAGUUUCAACAAUACCAUUGUGACCGUUACAGAUGUACUGGGUCGGGUGAUUUCUUGGUCCUCCGCGGGUACUUGUGGGUUCAGGGGUACAAGAAGAGGAACACCUUUUGCUGCUCAAACCGCAGCAGGAAAUGCUAUUCGAGCAGUAGUGGAUCAAG